GCAGGUCAAGUUUAACUCAACCACAACACGAGCAGAUAAUGUUCUUAUUUCAGCGUAGCCUGACAUUGGUGCUGUUAUGAUGAACUUAAACUGCAGCAGACUCGGCCGCCUUAUCAUAGGAGCACACACCGCGACUGAGGCCUGCUCAAGGCGGGCAGUUCAACAGUCGUGUGGUGGUUAUAAAGUGCGUCGGUGGUAUUGUGGUGUCACUUACGAUGAGAAGAGACUGGAGCAGGUGUGUGUGACAGACUCUACCUGCACAGCUGCACGGGUCCGAGAGCUUGCGCAUCCAGGUGGUCGUAGGCAAGUCCUGAAGGAUGUCCUGCCAUUCUCAGCAUUCCUGACGGACUCUUUUGGACGUAGGCAUAAUUACCUCCGCAUUUCCCUCACAGAGAAAUGUAACCUCCGCUGUCAAUACUGUAUGCCUGAGGAGGGGGUAAAACUCACCCCUCGCUCCCAGCUCAUAACAUCAGAAGAGGUGCUGACGUUAGCCAGACUCUUUGUACAAGAGGGGGUGAACAAGAUACGCCUGACUGGAGGAGAACCCCUCAUUCGGCCAGACGUUCUACAUAUAAUUACGGAACUGAGGAAGUUGGAAGGUCUGAAGACCAUCGCAGUGACCACUAAUGGCAUGAAUUUAGCCCGAAUGUUGCCUGGUCUUAAGAAAGCUGGAGUGGAUCUUCUCAACAUCAGCCUGGACUCUCUAGUACCUGCCAAAUUUGAGUUCAUCGUUAGACGCAAAGGGUUUCAUAAAGUGAUGGAAAGUAUUGAAAAGGCCAUAGAAAUGGGCUACAAUCCAGUCAAGGUGAACUGUGUGGUCACGAGAGGUCUCAAUGAAGAUGAGCUCCUGGACUUUGUGGCACUAACAGAGAGGAAAAACUUGGAUGUGAGAUUCAUAGAGUACAUGCCUUUUGAUGGAAACAGAUGGAACUUCAAGAAGAUGGUGAGUUAUCAGGAGAUGUUGGACCGUAUAAAGCAGAAGUGGCCCAAUCUGGAGCCAGUGCCUGGAGAAGAAACGGACACAGCCAAGGCUUUUAGAGUGCCGGGAUUUCAGGGCCAGCUGGGCUUCAUUACCUCCAUGUCAGAUCAUUUCUGCGGCUCCUGCAACCGCCUGCGCAUCACAGCCGACGGCAACCUUAAGGUGUGUUUGUUUGGGAACUCUGAGGUAUCUUUGAGGGAUUGUUUACGCUCUGGUGCAUCUGAGGAGGAACUACUACACAUCAUUGGGUCUGCGGUGGGGAGGAAGAAGAAACGGCAUGCAGGGAUGUUCAAUAUAUCUCAGAUGAAGAACAGGCCGAUGAUCCUCAUUGUUAGAUAUUGCAGCUGGCUGCUGCCAGAGCCUUGGUUUAGCGGCAAUCCGAGGCAGUCUCGUCCUCUAAUGCACCACAUGGAUUCAGCAGCCUCAAGUACUACCCAGCUAUCAAGAAAAUACAAUCAACACUGGAGUUGCAAUGGCCAUCAAGACUGCAAUGCAGCGAUAGCUUUGACCCGUUCUUGUAGGAAGGAUAAUCGAUCAAACUUUUACCAGAUUGAUAAUGUUUGCCACAAAGUGAAGCCAAAGUUAGUAGCCUUAGAGUCACUUAAAAGUGACGCAAUGAGAGAUUCUUAUUGUCAAAUUAAUGCUGGUGCUUCAGAAAAAUGCACAAUUAAAAGCUUUCGUACGCACAUCGCACAAUUGGACUCACACCCUGCAAAAUUACAGUCCAAAAUAUUCAUUCCUAACCCCUACCUUAGUGCACAAACAUUCAAUCUCAGAGGCCCAGUUCUGCAGAGUAUGCGGUGUUGCCACAACAAAACCCAUGAAUCUGGUUCUAAAAUUUUGAAAAUGACAUAUGAAGACCCACAAUCCCCCAGCCAUGAUGGAACAUCCGAUAAGCUGACCCACACUGACGCACAGGGUAAAGCCUCUAUGGUCAAUGUGGGCAGUAAGGCGGUAACUUGUCGCACAGCCACAGCCUCUGGCAAGGUCCUCUUGGGUCCUAAGGCUUUUUAUUUAGUGCGUGCCAACCAACUCGCCAAGGGGGAUGCCCUAGCGGUAGCACAGCUAGCGGGCAUCAUGGGCGCCAAGCAGACCGCAUCUCUCAUUCCACUUUGCCACCCACUUCCACUUGACCACGCCUGUGUUACCAUAGAGCUGCUGGAGGAGGGGCAUACUGCUGUCGUCAAGGCAACCUGCCAAACUACUGGCCGUACUGGAGUGGAGAUGGAAGCUCUGACUGCUGUGACGGUGGCUGCGCUAGCGCUCUAUGAUAUGUGCAAAUCAGUCAGCCGUGAUAUCAUUAUUACUGACAUCAAGCUGCACAGCAAGACGGGCGGACAGAGAGGCGACUUCCAAUGCUGACCCGACUCCUAUAGACACAAGCUUCAGGCUAAAUCUCAUUCUGUUUAUGAAAGUUUGAAUGUAGCUAGGUCAUUAUUAACUUGGUCAUGACAUCGGCAUUCUGUAAAAGAAGUGUGCCUUUAGCUCACCCAGUUGUUGUCAGUAAUGUUCUUCCUGUGAGCAAAAUGUCUUACAAACAUGAACAGCCUGAAAUCUGACUUAUUCAGUGAGCCUUUUGUCAUUGAUAAGCAUAAACCUAAAACAUAUAAAGAAUAAUGUAUUUUAGUGCAGUUAUUUUGAUAAUCAAAUCUUGAGAAGAGUUUCAAAGUACAUUGCCGUGAAGGCCUGUAUUUAUUUAUACCAAGUGUGAUACUAAUUUUUGUCAGGCUCUGAAAAAAAGUUUAAAAUGGCUCAAAAUGUUAUAGCAUCCACUCUGUGGGAAAAUGCUUUAAUAUUUUGUAAUGAAGUGUUACUGCCAAUAUGUUGUUAUUUGAAAGAAUACAGAUUAUGAUAUCUAAAAGAAAAUCAAAGUGGAAACUUAUAAAGUAGGGCGUCAUUCACAAAGCACAAGUACAACAAAUAUCUUUGUAAAAUGCAUAAAACCAUUCUUUAAUUCAUUGUUGUAUGAGAAUAGAAAUUAUUUUUGCUCUUGUUUUAUGAAUGAGGCCCACAGUUUUUUGUCAAGUUGUUUAUACCUUGAAUGAAAUAAAAUGCUAACACCAGAAAUUGUAGAUGGAUGCACUAUUACUCAUUUGAAAAGCUUAAGUCUCUAGUUAAGUAAACGGUUUCUAAAAUCUAGAGAUCAAGUAAAUAAGAUAAGAUACACAGAAUAUUUAAAGGAAUAGUUCACCCAAAAACUUUAAUUCUCUUAUCAUUUGCUCACCCUUAUACCAUCCAAGAUGUUUGUCUUCAGCAGAACCCAAAUUAAGAUUUUUAGAAGAAUAUCUCAGCUCUUUAGUAGAAGGUAAAAUGGCGCCUAAAUGAUUUACAUGUGCAGAAUAAGAUUUGUAAAAGCAUAAAUACAUAUACAAGCAUAAAAAUGU